AUGAGCUUCGGCGUCGGUGUUGGCGACUUUAUUACGGUCUUUGAACUCGUUAACAAGGCCCGCAAAGAUUCUCAGAGUGCUCCGAGCCAGUCCAAAGACAUAUCCAAGGAAGUUAGAAGUCUAUCGAUCGUCCUAUCCGAUGUGGAAGUCACUGCUUCCGAGACCGAACUUGAUACAUACCAGCGGUCAGACCUACAGCAUCUCGUUAGUAGCUGUCAGGAUGUGCUUGAGACCUUGGAAGAGACUCUGGACAAGUACAGAGAUUUGCAUUCAGGUAAUGGAAAGUUAAGAAGCCGAGUGGAGAGGGUUUCGAAGCGAGUCAAAUGGGAACCAGACGAUGUUCGGGAGCUGCGAGAGCGGAUCACGUUGAACACGACGCUACUCAACACAUUUCUUGGUGGCAUCUCCAGGUAA